AAAGCAACGUAAACGAGGACAUCUCCCAUCACAUACACACAUGCAAACACAUUUCCAAAAGAUCAGUGUCCGUAGGAUGGCAAUUAGGACCGCCAGCUAGCCCUGCUGGUCCGGUUUGGGACUGCACAACAUCGACCACGCCAUUCUUAGGUCUAGAUAGUCUGGUGAAUAUUGCAGAAAAGAGCGAAAUUACUUUAUCCCAAAUGCACUGCUAUUGUCAGUGGUGAGUGAUACAGGUUAGAAAAUCAGAAUUGUCCAGGGGACAUGAUUUGGUGGCAUAGCAACGGGGUAUCGGUUCCAAAUCCCUUUCCUUCACAUGCUGGUCUGAAUGCCACAUGGGGGUGAGGUUUGGCUCUUCAGAGAUGUUGGAUUUCACUUUACUGUGGUUACAGUUACUUAUGUAGCCUUCUGGAUAGCGCACCAGUGUCGGCUUAGGAAGUAGAUGCAUUUGGAGUCACCAAUUCUGUUCUCAGUUAUUCUACUGACGUCAGUAAAAUGACUUUAGAUUUAUACCAGUGUAACUGAGAACAGAAGUUGGCCCAAAGUCAAGAACAGUCUCUCCUCUUCUCUGGCCCAGGACAAGCUGUUCAAGACACAAUUGCUGGGCCAAAUCAUCAUGGGGAAUGGACCCCAGUCUACACUGUUUUGGUCCAGACACAUGGUUCUUUUGGUUUGUUUCCCAGAGCAAUGAUCAAAGAUCUGAUGUUGGAAUAGUUGAGGUUGCCUCGUUCCAUGCUAGUCAUUCCUGUCAGUGUUUGAUAUCUUCACCCUAAGAUGGACUGAUCUAGUUCUCCACCCUCCAUCAACUUAAGCAAAUUCCCUUCCCCCAGCAGGAGAAUUGACUUUGGCCAUCCUUUAUGACCACAAAGCACAGAUGAAAGCGAUCUUUUUGGAUGAGGGAAAUGGAGUCUUGUGCUAAUAGGUUUCACCUUAGGACCAUCUUAAUCCAGAAAUUGCCUUUCUUGACAGUUGGGAAAAUGUGGCUGGAGCACCACAGUCUCUCUUGCCAGGCAGCCCCCCUCCUCGGUGAGGGUGUUGUGAUCCUCCCCCGGUCCAUGUGCCCCGAGGGCUGCUCAGAGAGGCAGUGUGCAUUUGCCUCAAUGCAGCCCAUAUGGCCAGCACACACACUCUUGGCAGUCCAAGCAGCCCAGCACGAAGGAUGUUUAGGUAUCCUACACCAGACUACAGGGGGUCUUUCCUUUCUCCUGGACAUCAUUCUGGCUCCUUGUCUCUGACAGGGACUCACAGGGUGACCUUUAAUUCCCUGGCAAUUUUCUGUGUGUUUUCCUAAAUGCAAAAUGAAGACAGAGGCACCGUGAUCAUUGACCAACAGCAACACACUCAAUAGCCAUUCACAUACUGAUUGCUGCUUCCACACUGAUACCCAAGACAGCUCACUGAGCCAGUCCUUGGGCUAGCAAGGAGCUGCCAUCGGCUGGGAGCAUCGUCUCAGCCUGAUGACACAUAGCUGAACAGACCUCUUUCCAUCCAGUCCUUGCAUCUGAUUAGACGCUCCUGUGCGUGCCAUGAACAAACAUGCACCUAUACAAAAAAGUCGUCAAUUCAUUAGGGAUUCUCCUAUUUCCCAUGGUAAGAAGCACUAACUAUUUGUCAUGAUGAACCCCUGGAAGCCCAAAGCACCAGUGGCAGCGUGUGUGUGAGUAGAGCAUGCUGCUGAAUAAACCUCAACCAGCGGUCACCCUAGGGCUCCGAGUUUUGGGCUGGAACUGUGGAUGGAUGCCAUACAGAGAGCACCACAUGAAGAAAUCAGCUCUUAAAGAAUUUUAAAAAAUAAACUUUCCCUCCCUCUCCCUUCUUUUCCCAUUGUCAAGGGGAAUGCAGUGCUGCUGACUUCAGGCUGCUAUGCAGCUCCCAAGGGCACUGCCAAAAUGCCACCGCGAUGUCUCAUGGCACAACAUUUCAGCCAAAUACCAGCCCAGGGUGGGUGGGGGAACCAACCGGCAGCAGCAGUGAUGUCACACGCUCCAGCCAAGUUUGCUGGUUUGCCCAGCUCUUGUCUAGUGAAAAAGGUUGACAUUCAGUCUGUGCCAGGCCAGGAAUAGUCUCUGUAAUUUAACCUGCUCAUCACAACGUGCUAGGCACUGAAGAGAGCCACUGAAAAAAAAAACUCCUAUUUAAAAGAGAGGGGAGGUUGGUUUCUGAUUAAGCUCCUUGAAAUCUGUACAUUCAUGCAAGCUUUUUUCAGUAGCUCAUAUCAGGUGAUGGCUACUGCAAACACCUCACAUGUUUCUCAGCAUUUCCCAAGCAGUUCCAAACGCCUAGCGUUGCUUUCCUCUGCCUUGAAAACAGCCUAAAUUCACACAUCCUUAAAUGUUUUAACUGGCUGAAUUCUGACCUAAGUUCAAACACUGCUUGCUGGCUGCCAUGUUUGUCCAAAAAAGCAAAGAAAUGGGACUUUACCAGGUUAUUAAACCACCCAUGAACAUCUUUGCCCAAAGUUCAGAAGUUGCCAUCAUACCUGUGAAAGGGACAGCCAGAUCAGUACAGUGCUGCUGUUCCAAUCCAGUGCCAGUAGUGAUUUGCACCUUGGAACCUUGGUGUAGAUACAGCUUUUCCAGCUUGAAAUAUUACACUGCCCAAGUACAAGUAUUAUGGCCAGGAGAGACAAGGAUCUUCACAAGGGUUUCAGAGACAGUGACAGUCGCUAUUCUUUUUUAAUCAGUGGAGCUGAGUUGUUCUUGUAACAGUGACUCCAUCUAGGAAAAUAGUUGCUGAGAUUACAUCAUGAUCUCCAUGUUUAUUGUUACCCUACUCACUUUUCAGCAAAUGUUCUCAGUUUACAAGGGACAAGAUGUUUCUUCAGACCACGGUCCGUGAGAUCUAAAAGCCAAGCUUGCUCCUAGUUCAGGCACCACCACCAAUAAAUAGUGAUAAACAUCGUGCCGCUGGAAUUUAGUCAACAGCCCCGUUGAUGAGUGAGCAAGAACACAAUCACAAUCUCCCAUGGCUGUUCUGGCUUUGCACAGUUAAGAGUACCACAGAAGCAAUAAAAUUGUAAUUUAACCUCUGAGCAAAGAGAUAACUGAGUACACAUCUGUGCAAUGAGGGUGCCCUUUUACAUCUGGCUGCAACCAGAGAGAGCACUGGGGUAUUUUUUAAUCUGUUUUUACUUUAUUUUUUUAAUCAUACAUCUUAAACAGACCACAAAAAGCCAUGCUUGGUACAGGCUUGUCCCUACCCUAACACUGACAACUGUCCUUCCUCAGGUAAGGUGUAGGAGACCAUCCCAGUGGAUGAGCCUUUGUUGCUGCUUUUGCCAGCGUGUUUUGAAUACCACAGGCUGACACAAAAGUUUCCUUAGAGGAGACUCUUGCUUCAGGAAGAAGGUGUAUCUACACCUAUGUGGCAUUUGCAUUACCUCCAGGCCGGACAGUUCUUGUAGGAAAUGGAUAUAUUCUUGCAAAGAUUAAACAAACUAGCCUCGGUCUUGGGGGUGCCCACAGUAAAAGGACAGCAGCAACGCACAUCCACCACAGCCAAGCUUUUCUUUAGCAUCCUCUGACUCCGGUUCAUGCAUGGAAGCAAAAAGGUGUUUUGUUUACUGCCCCCGACCACCCCAGCUGUCCACCUUUCCCCUCCUUCACAACACGGACAGUGAAAAGCAUGGACUUUCAAACCUCAGCUGCAUUAGUUCCCAGUCCACCAGACUGAUGUCUGUCUGUACUUGUUGGCAGUUGGAAGCCAUCUACAGGUGGAGUGAAGGCACACGUUUUCCUCUGCGGUCCCUCUGAAAGGGUGGGCCAGCAGGGACGUAGACAGCAGCGGAGACGACAUCACCUGGCCCAACCCCUCCUUUUAGCCUGGAGAUACCACCCAGCCUCUGCAGUGGGCAGACUGCCAGCAAACCGUUGCUCCCUCAGCUGUUAGUCCUUGCUGGGGCUACUGGGGAGUGCUGGAAGUUGUGACAGUUGUUUGCUAGGAACAAGCUACCGAAGCACUCCACAAGCUACCAAACCCUCAAGAGUUCACUUAAGAUCAAAAAAUGCUGAGGGUCGGAAACAUCUUGGGACACUGUUUCUGUCGAAUCUACAUCACUGGACUAUUUCUACCUCCUCACUAAAGAUGGUCAGAAAUGAAGCCAAAUACAACCACGAGAGGAUGUUCUAAAGAUGAGAAGCAAAAUUACAUGACAGAGAAGAAAGUUUCCUUCAGCUGUUCCGGAAGAUGAAUCGAUGUGUAGCAGCACCGUCUGGACGAAUCGCUUUGUGCUUGUGAACUGCAAACAGCUGGAACCACCCAACACAAUCAUCUGCCUAUUUGACACCUGAAAUUAAUCCCUUGGAUAAUUCAUUCAUGAUUCCCAUGAACAAUGCAGGGAAAUAAGAAACAUACAGAAGGACAUAGUGACUCCUCAAGUAUUGGGAGUCUCCUGGAUGACGCAGACAGAGAGGUGAGCAGUCUCACAGACCGGGCUUUCAAAAGUUUGUGUGUGGCAGAACUCGAAGACUCUUACAAUGAACCAGAUCUUGCCAUUUCACCUGACUUUGCCCUACAAUUCUCUGCUAAAUUUCACCCAGGGACGUUAAACCAUGCCAUCAAGAAAAGCAAUGUAUGUAACAAGCUAACAGCAAGAAACAAUGAACAUACAAUAUGGGCUUCGACAUUCCAGCAGUUACCAAAGUGUGCUCCGGAGGAGAAAAGGAUGGCUAGAAAUAACACCUUUGCCACAGAAAGGAAAAAGCUGAAUUUGCCAGUCCCUGGCCCAAGGAACAAUAAACAUGUUUCCAAAGUGUCCUCGUUGAUUAAGACAUUUGAUAAGACUGCAGACGAAGGGUCAGGAGGUUCCCUGGUAGCCUUUAAGCAGCCUACUAAGAAUAGCUUUCAAAAAUGUAAAUUAAAUCAUGGAAACGAUAUGGCUUGCUGGGAUGACACAGACAUUUUAAGCAUCCACAAGGACCUUUCUGAAUUUUCCGAGGCUAGUCAAGGUAGCCACUGUCUCAGCAGCAAACACGAGCCACAGAAAACACCUAAUAAAAUAGACCUGAGCUAUUGUGGCUCUGAUGGUUAUUAUCCUGUGCUGAUUGAGAUGUCAAAAGUAGCCAAGUCAAAUUUUUACCGUUCAUCUAAAAAGGCUUUAAAAAACAGAAGUGUGAAAGUUAAUGAGCCAGCAAAAAAAGGUAAUUUUCUUCACAGUGAGAACAGUGCUUUUGAAUCCUGGAACGUUCAUCAUAAAAAACUGACGGAAAAGGAGGAAUUUCUUGAUCUAAAAACAAAGAAGGAAGGUCUUGCAUACCUGGAAGAAGCACCGUUUUUAAAAGGAUCCCGCACGCGUGAACAUAAAUUCCCACCUGCCAAGACCCCUGUCGCUAAGAAACAGGAGAGAGAUUUUCAGAUGGAGCCAAAUCCACCAGAAGCUGCUUUCAGCAUCCCAGCUGUAUACAUACCUCAGAGCCCCCUCCCUUCAGAAACUGAAUUUCCUGCUGCCCUUCCUCCCGCACCCCCGCCUAGGAUCCACGCACACCAGGGUCCUCCUCGGCCACCCCCUGUCUCGCAGGCGCUUCCUUUCCCACCCCCCACCCAGCAGGGCCAUUCCCCAACACCCCCUACCCCUGAAGCCCCUCCGGUGCCACCACCCCCGAUGCCAGCUCAGCUUUCCCCCCCCGCCACGUCCCAGGCUUCCAUCUCACCCUCAUCCGCGUCCCAGGCGCCCAGCCCGCCUCCACCGAGACCUCCGGCCACCUUAACCGAAGAGGAGGCCCUCAGUCCCCAACUCGGCAACACCUGUCCGCCCUGGAGGAGACAGAGGGCUGCAAAAGGGGCAGCAGAGAAGAGACAGACUUCAAAGGAGAAGUUCACAGCCGGCGAUGAGACGGUUUCAUUGACUGAAAAGGUGGCUGGUGCUGAACCUGGUCUGGAUGUGACUCCUCUGGCUAAACAGGUAAACUCCCCUGGAUCGAUCAGUCCCUCUUUCAAUAUCACUGAACUCUUAACACCCAUCAUACCACCAAAACAGGAGGUGGACCCUGCGGAAAGCGAGCUGAUCCCGCUGACACCUCCUCCCACUGAGAGCACUGCAGCAAGAGACCACGAGGGGAACGCGGCUGGCGAUUACAGGUCUAGGGAUAAUUACAAGUCGAAAGCGUCAAGUCUGUUAUUUAACUUGAAGGAUGUGCGUAAACGUGUUAAAAGCAUUUAUACCCCUUCUCCCCUGCUAAGGGCCUUGGAGGAGAAAAAUAAAACUAGGGAAAAUAUACAGGAGAGUACAAAAAUGAACGCCUCCCUCUUGACUUUACAAGAAAAAAGCAACAAAAAUAUUGCAGAGAAAGAUGAAUCGAGUGAUAUAACCUCCGUAUUGUCUGGCAGUGUUCACGAAAAGGACAAUAAAACUGAUUUAACUGGACACUUUACAGACAAUUACCUGACUUUGAGUUCACCCCAAACAACAGCAGACCUUUUAUUUUACCAAACUGGAGACAACUUGCAGCAAGAUGCGUCAAAACACGAAGGUCUGGUUAAAAACACAAGGGGUAAUGAAAACUUCCCCUUGUUCAGACACGGAUCAAAUGAAUCUGAUUUAAGGAAACGUCUGCAGUAUCCAGCACUGAAACCAUUCAGUAGAGACAAUGCAGGUGCAACAGCAGGGCAGCCCGUGCAAAAUCCCAGCGUCCAGGGUGAGCAAAAUGAGAGACAGGCUGCUAAUCAGAACGAAGAGUUUGCCUUCAAAACAAGCCCAAACCAGCUCUCCCCAGCAGAGGAUAUGCCUUACAGUGACGUCCAAACCAGUAUGGUUGUAACUGGCCGUGAAGCACAAGGCAAGAGAAGCAGCAGUUCUUCGGAGCAAUCUUUCGUCUCCACGGUGGAGCAGCCACUUCAGGAGGAGCCAUUUCCACGGGUGCCCCUGAUGCAGAAGGCGUGCCUUCAAGAAACCCAGAGGACUAAGAGUGAAAUGGGUGCAGACAGUAAGAAAAACCACAAGGAGAGAGGGAAAGAGGUUGGGGGAGAUGAACUGCAAUAUUAUGCUUGCAUCAGCUCUCCUACUGGUGCAGCAGAGAAGGAGGGUAGGGUUACUGGGAAUGAACAGGGGAGCUUGACGAAGGAGAAACUGGGAAGAGAGAAAAGGGAAGAGGCCAACACCAUGGAUUCUGCUUCCAACAGUUUAAGGGACAUGUCCACCGCCAAGUCCGAGGAGCCACAAACACCCCCAUCUUCGAGCUCAACCAAACCCAGUCUGUUUAUGAUUAAAGAUAACACGUUCAGGUCACCUCAGGUAAUAAGGACUGUCAAGCUGCCCCUGUUCAGGUCCUUUUCCCUGGACGAUACAGUGAGCAGCAGUUAUAAGGAAAUAGAAAGUAGGUUUGUGCCCCCAGCAGAGCAUAACAAGCGGCACCAAAACGUGUUGCAUACCCAGGAGGUAGGCUGGUCGGCACCGAGGCACAGAGGGCAGCAGAAUGUGAGGGAUGGAGCAACAGACAGAGGGAAAGAGGCCAGUGAGCCUGGAUCUACUUCAGCAGCACUGGAUCCCGGUCUUCUGGAAGAUACAGAGAGCUUUUCAUUACAGAAGCUGAUGGAAGAAGAUGAAGAGACUUGUGCUUUGUUAAAUGAAGUUGGGAAAAUGAAUGAGGAAAGUGUCUGCAGGAGGCAAGAGAAACCCCAGGCUAGGAAGGCAAGACACAGUUUAACACAGCCAAAUUUACAUCUGGAAAAUGAUCAAGCACAAAACAACCCCAGCUAUCCCACAGAAAGAAAGACGAAUUACUUUAAGAAUCAUAAUUUAUCUAACCGCAGAGGUGGCUCUUGUGCGAAAAAAAUAAUCACCAGGGAGACCAUUUCCCCUGUGACUGGCUCCACAUCAGAGGACCACAUGCAUUCUCCUGUAUCCCAUGAAGCUCUAGAGGACAUCCUGCAUACAGAAGGUGCACCGGUUUUGUUAGACAGUCUUGCGUGCUCUGCUGUUACCAGCCCCAGGUCAGGCAGCACGAUGCGCUCUCUUGUUGCCAGUUCAUCAUCAGACAAGCCAACGAGAGAGACAGAGGAUGUUACAAACCCUGCCUUGCUCAACAUGGCAGUAAAGAGCCGAGCUGAUAUGUCUGCAGAAGAGAUACUUGAUUCAGCACAGAGGAAUCCGCCUUCUGAUUCUGCAGGGGAAGCUGAGAGACUGCAGCCCAGGGGGCCUGGGGAGAGAGCAGCGGGCAAGCCUCCCGCUGUGCCACCAAAAACAGAAAAGGCCCUGCGGCGGGCCAAAAAGCUGGCAAGCAGGAGAAGGAAAAUGCAAGAGCAGCAGAAAAACCACCAGAAUGAGCAUGCAGAUGCUGCAGGCAGAAAGCCUUCUCAUUCUGGACAGACCCUAGCAUCUCCCUCAUCCUUGGGAUAUUCUCCUCUCCAUCCUGCCCCUCACUCAACUUUCACUCCCACAGAAACCAGUACAGGAAGACCCAGUGGUGCAUCAGCAGUAAGCCCUUCACCUUCCUCAACCCAGCGUAAACUCCUCCAAGACCCUGACUCUGGCCAAUACUAUGUAGUUGAUUUACCAGCUGAAGUUAAUUUAAAGACAUUUUAUGACCCAGAAACUGGCAAAUAUGUUCAAGUAUCGGUGCCUUCCUUUGAAGGGAACUUAUACCAGCCCCCCUCUUCAGAAAUUAUGAAUUCUCCCUAUGCCUCCUACCCUAGAGUGCUGCCUUUACCAGCUUCAUCUGUAGCAGUGCUGAAGUCACCUUCUCAGCUUUCCGAACCUCCCUGGUUAAUGCCAGCUGUACCAGGAGAACCAGCUGAACCACCUGAAGAAGGCCAGCAGGGCUACAGAUACGCUGAAGCUGUGGGGACCCAGCCUGAUAUUGAACCAGCCUCUUACCCCUACAGCCAAGAUGCUGAAGAAACUCAAGUUCACUUACGAAAGGACAUGAGCCCAACCCCAAAUACUGACAGAGCGUCCCUCACCAAUUUAGAUGAUUUUGCUGCAGAAGGAGUAUCUUGAAAACUGAAGUAACAAAAUAUGCCAGCUAGAGUUUUUAAGAACCAUUUGGACAGACACAUGCAGACAAAAGCACAUGCAGAUUUGAUGUUUGUACGACACUUUAUGUCUGAAUCUCAUUGUGGUUUGGGUGGGAAGGCAAAUGGAAGCUGACCACAGUGAAAGACGCAAGGUGAUAAUCACUCUGAAGAAGAGUGAAAUGGAGUAAGCACCAAUUUACCGGUGAGAUGAAGGGGCAAUGCCAGCUAAACAAAUGCAUACAACAGUAUGAAGCCACUGCUUGCUGCUGCUGCUGCUUUGCCAUGAUGAUGGCUGGGAUUGCCAAAGCAAGCGUCCUUAUGCCCAGAUGUGUUGCAUGAUGUAUGACACAAAGUAAAACCUAUGAGACCAUCCUGUCCACCCUGUGAGACCUAGGAGACAUGCCGCGUCUACUGAACUUUCCUCACUCGCUGCCUUUGAACUAUAUUGACAGGUAGAAAGGAUAUGGCUACGAACAUGCCAUAAACCCAAGAUUCAUUUUUUGCACACAUUGAUUGCCCAGAAGUUAUUGACAAGAAGAUUGUACACACCAGCCAUGACAAAAAAGCCCUUUAAACAACCAGAAUACAGUUGUAGCUGCUCUAGACUCCUAUACUUUUGCAGUGUCCACUAACAUGCUGCUGAAUUCUUUCUAUUUCUUGAUAAUCUCCAAAUAAGUUCCCUUAGAGUCAGGGGUUAUUUAUAAUGCAGCUUAAAACUUCAACUUAUCUUGAUACUUGGCCUGAAAUAUUUCGGUAAGGAGCAAGGUUGAAUGAAUUCCCAUAUCGGUAUUUAAUUUUUUGUUAGGAUAAGGUGAUCUUUGCUUAUUAUAAUUGAAGUGCGUUUUGUUUUGUUCUCAGGCUCCCACUGAAAUACAGAGCUAACUUUUAAAACCUGAAAAACAUUGUCCCUAAUUUUGGUCUUGUGAAUUCUGUGAUUAAAAGAAAAAAAAAAAAAAAAGAGAUACAAAACAUCCGAAGUAUUAAUUUCUAGAAAAGUGCUUCUUGGAUUACCACUUUUCUUUAAAAGAUCUGUAUCAAAAUGUCACUCAUCCUCGCAUAAGCUCUUUUUUAUCAUCAUAGAUAAUGACAGAACCUUGGUGGAAAGACGGAAAACAUGAAUGUAAUAUGCCUUCCUAUAAAUACCUGUAUUUGGA